AUGUACUCAUACAUAUUUUUCCAAAUCCAAUUUGCUAUUAUAAGUCGUCAACGAUUUUUUGAAUCUCAAUAUAUUGAUCCAAUGAAAGAUGCGUCAUUGUUCUUGAAAAACGUCUCUCGAGCCAAUGCUGUUAUAAUAGUUCUUUCAAGAAAUAAAGAGCUAUAUAAAUUACGUGAGACAAUGAGAAAUUUUGAGGAUCGAUGGAAUAAAAAAUUUAAUUAUCCUUAUGUAUUUUUAAAUGAUGAAGAAUUUACUCAGGAAUUUAAGACUUUAACAAAACAGAUGACUAAUUCUGAGACAUAUUAUGGUUUAAUACCAAAAGAAAUGUGGGAUUAUCCUUCGUGGAUAAAUCAAACAAAAGCUGCCGAUGUACGUAAAGAAAUGAGAGAAAAAAAAAUAAUCUAUGGUGGUUCUGAAUCAUAUCGUCAUAUGUGCCGGUUCAAUUCUGGAUUUUUCUUUCGUCAUGAACUUAUACAAAAAUAUGAUUAUUAUUGGAGAUUAGAACCUGGUGUGGAUUUUAUGUGUGAUGUCGAUUAUGAUCCUUUCAGAUUUAUUCAAAAGAACAAUAUAACAUAUGGGUUUACCAUUUCACUUUUGGAAGUGCAAGCUACUAUUCCUACUUUGUGGGAUACCGUUGUAAAGUUUAUGAAAGAUUAUUCACAUUAUAUUCCCCCCAAAAAUAUUAUUAGAUUUGUAAAGAAUGGUGCUAAUUUUAAUGGUUGUCAUUUUUGGAGCAAUUUUGAAAUAGGUGAUCUAAAUUUUUGGAGAAGUGAAAGGUACCUGAAAUUUUUCGAUUAUCUAGAUCAAGCUGGUGGAUUUUACUAUGAACGUUGGGGUGAUGCUCCAGUUCAUUCAAUAGCACUUGCUAUGUUCCUAGAAAAAUCACAAAUACACUUUUUUAAUGAUAUAGCAUACAUGCAUCCACCUUUUCAACAUUGCCCAAUCGAAGCAUGGUUUCACGAGUCUGGCAAAUGUCAUUGUGAUCCCCACAAGAAUUUUGAUAGCGAAGGGGGUUCAUGUACUAAAGAUUGGUUUGUAAUAUAA